GUCAUCCUUCUUCUCAAAAGGGUUACACACGAUUGUUUAUCUUGAAACUCUAAACAAUUCAUGUUAGCCCCAACGUCACUUUCGAGAAAUUGUUUUUACGCAAGAUGACAGAUUUCUCCUGUUUUACGUCAGGGUGGCAAAUCAACCCACUUUGCCAACACGAUAUGUGCACGAUUUGCCACCGAAGUUGCGAAUAGUCCUUAAGAUUUGGACAAAAUAAGCAGAGUUGCCGUACCCUUGUGACUCAUCAUAGGAUUGGAUGAGGGCUUCGCCCAAUUUGAUAAAAGGGUGCCCUUCCUUGUUGAAACUGCAAGCGAGCAGUUGAUGCUUCUCCUGGCCAAAUUCCCACGGGGGCUCAAGCUCAACCGUAAGCAGACUGUUCCUCCAGUGAAACUUUCCAGUAUUGCUCGACAUGAAAGCCAUGAAGAUACUAGUCUUCUUUUUCUGUUGCCUCUCUUUGAGGUCCGCUUUGUCGAGCCACAGUCGCUACGAUGCAAUCUUCAACUUGGGUGACUCUCAUAGCGACACCGGAAACUACCCUCGUACUGAUGCAACCGCAUUUCUGGUCAUCAAAAGCCUCCCUUACGGCGAGACUUUCUUCCGCCGCCCGACCGGUCGAUGCUCGAAUGGACGUCUCAUUGUCGAUUUCAUAGCUGAAGCAUUUGGACUGCCGUAUCUUCCACCAUAUCUAGCAGUUGCCAAAGGUGCUCGUGUUCGUACGGGAGUGAACUUCGCAGUUACUGGUGCCACAGCAGUCGACCCGUCUUACUUCUAUGCUCAGAAGAUUGGGCAACAGUUGUGGACCAAUGACUCGUUGAGUGUUCAGCUUGGCUGGUUCAAGAAUUUGAAGAAGUCUCUCUGUACCACAAAACAAGCAUGUGAUGAGCACUUCAAGAAAUCACUGUUUAUGAUUGGGGAGAUAGGUGAAAAUGACUACAUGUUUUCCUUACUCUCCGGUCGAAGCAUUAAACAGCUGCGUGCUUUUGUACCACUCGUCGUUGGAGCAAUCACUCGUGCCAUCAGUGUGCUAAUAGAAGAAGGGGCCGUGGAUCUAAUGGUGUCGGGACAGUUGCCGGUAGGCUGCACCUCCAUGUUUCUAACUGUGUUUCAGAGCACUAAUGAAUCGGCGUAUGACAAAAGAACCGGGUGUCUCAAGGCUUAUAAUGCCUUCUUCAAGUAUCACAAUAACUACCUCAAGCAAAAAUUGGAAAAUUUGAGACAACAAUACCCUCAUGCAAGAAUCAUGUACGCUGAUUAUUAUGGUGUUGCCAUGUCUAUCUACCGAUCUCCAAAACACUACGGCUUCUAUGGAGGGACACCAAGGGCUUGUUGUGGAGGAGGUGGUCCACACAACUUCAAUACGACAGCAGUAUGUGGUCAGACCGGCGCAACUCCUUGCAAAGAUCCCUCGGCUUUCGCAGAUUGGGAUGGGAUUCACUUCACCGAGUCUGCUUAUCAUCACAUCGCCAAAGGGUUGAUUUCUGGUGGCUUCACAUCUCCACCACUCCUAUCCUAAUUUUAUUAUUGACAUUACACGUAAAAUGCAUUCCGACAUGUUACCAUACUUUUGUACUUGGUUAUGAUGACAUAUGAGAAUGUUUUAUGCUUCAUUUUGAAUCUAUAAUAUUUAGCUUCAAAAAGUAAUAUUGUUGUUA